AUUACCUCCACUGCAUUCACAGAUGAGCUUGUAUGUUUGGGAAUAUGAACAGAUCCUUAAUCCAAACUUUAGCCUGUCCAUCACUUUGGUAAAGGUUCAUCAGUUAAUCAGUCCAUAAAACUUUGUCCCAGAAUUUUUGAGGCUCAUCUUUGUACUUUUUGGCAAAUUCCAACCUGGCCUUCCUAUUCUUCCUGUGAAUGAGUCAUUUGCAUCUCUUGGUGUAGCCUCUGUACUUUUGUUCGUGAAGUCUUCUCCAAACAGUAUAUUGUGAUGCCUUCACUUCUGCCUCCUGGAGGUUGUUGCUGAUGUCACUAACAGUUGUUUUGGUGUUACAGUGUCGUUACUAAGACUCACUCAUGCAACAGCGACACGACAGACAGGAAUUUAAAUUCAGUGAUUUAAUUUCAAAAAUAGACAGUUACAUGGACUCAGAAGCAGAACCGCCAGCAAACUAGAGAGUCCCCUAUGGGAAUGGGAGGGCAAAACUGAAAUACCAGACUACAGUCAAGGAACGGAUGAUUCUAUGAAAACUAACCCGAACAGAGUACAACCAAGCCAGGAAAGUUAAGCAGAGUGACACUACAGAUUACAGAGAAAUGAGAUGCCAAAACGGCACAAUUAGAAAUAACCAAAAAACACUAAGAAAUACUUAGGUCUAGAAAAUACUGAGAACUAAACUCACAAGGGCCGAAAGCGGUCAGCAGAACACUAAUCAGAAUAAUACUCACCAAGAGGACUCGGAAACUACUACAAGCCAGCACGGCAGACCACAAACCUAGUAAUCAGCUAUACAACAGUUAAGCUAGAACUGGGUUUGGAGAUUGAGCUAGGAAUUUAAGUGCCAACAGACUGGAACUGAACAGAGCUGGGCAAGGCGGGCGGAGGUGGUGUGUGGCAGGAGUAGUGGCAGAGACGAGGGAGGAAUGUGUGAGUGGAGAUCCAAGGAGGGGUCCAGACAGAUGGCAGGAGGCAGACGGAGGAUACUGGAGAGGGAACGGCAGGCAGGUGGAUGUCCAGGACUACAGAACAGGAGAAAAACUGUUACCACAAGAAAAUUACCAAGGAACUAAACAGAACAAAGAUCAAAGCACUGACUGAGGCCUUGUCCACACGUAGCCGGGUAUCUCACAAAACGAAGAUAUUUUUCUAUGAUUCGGCCUAUCAUCCACACGAAAACGCAGAUUUACGUCAUCAGAAACGAUUCUUUUUAAAAACUCCGACCAAAGUGAAGAUUUGCGAAUUCUCCAUUUUAUGCGUCUGCAUGUGGACAUCAGUAACCGGGGUUUUGGAGACCCAGAGCCUCCACAGAUUAAUGAGGAACAGGAAGAACUCUGCACCAGUCAGCAGGGAAAGCAGAUUGUAUUGAAGCAAGUGGCUGAUACCUUUCUAUUGACUUCAACUGAUAAGGACAGUGACCAAAGUGAAGUCAAACCAAACAGCGACCAGCUCAUCUCUGACAGUUUAGCAGUAGGUCAGAGCCCACAUCAGGAAGGAAGUCAGCAUGUAGACUCAGAGUCAACUAGAAAUGCUGCGCUGAAGCCAAAGAAGAGUCAUAAUAGAAAGAGCAGUCACAGUAACAACGUAGACAAGUCUUCAUUGUCAGGAAUUCACCAUGAUACUGAUGCAGGUAGAAAGUCUGUAAAAUGUUUGUGGAAACACCUUUGAGAAUAAGGACCAACUCCAGAAACACCAACAUAUCCACAAGGGUGUAAAAACAUAUGCUUGCAAUGCAUGCGGAAAAAGUUUUAGUUUCCAGUCUGUGCUGAAAGUCCACAUGAGAACUCACACAGAUGAGAGGCCAUAUUCUUGUGAAAGAUGUGGGAAAAUUUUCAGUGACCAUAGUACACUUUGUGUCCACAUAGGAAUUCACACAGGUGAGAGGCCGUAUUCUUGUGAAACAUGUGGGAAAUGUUUCAGUAAAAGUUGUCAUCUGACUACCCACAGGAGAAUUCACACAGAUGAAAGGCUGUAUUCUUGUGAGACAUGUGGGAAAAGUUUCAGACAACGUAAUAAUCUGACUGUCCACAUGAGAAGUCACACAGGUGAGAGGCCGUAUUCUUGUGAAAGAUGUGGGAAAAAUUUCAGUCAACUUGGUCCUCUUCAUGUCCACAUGAGAAUUCACACAGGUGAGAGGCCGUAUUCUUGUGAAAGAUGUGAAAAAAGUUUCAGUAAAAGCAGUAAUCUGACUGUCCACAUCAGAACUCACACAGGUGAGAAGCUAUAUUUUUGUGAAACAUGUGGGAAAAGUUUCAGUCACAGUAGUCAUCUGACUGCCCACAUGAGAACUCACACAGGUGAGAGGCCGUAUUCUUGUGAAAGAUGUGGGAAAUAUUUCAGUAAAAGUAGUUAUCUGACUGCCCACAUGAGAACUCACACAGGUGAGAAGCUGUUGUCCUGGAACAUCAGUGAGAACAAACCUUGAAAAAACAUGCAUUCAUUCACAUCGUUCAGGGUAAAAGUAGGUCUUGUAGAUUUAAAGCGCCUUUAGACCACUUCAACAAUGAUUCUGUUAGUUUAUUACAUGUCAGACUUUGACAGAUGGAUCUUUUAAAAUCUGUCAACCUGCUCAAUGGAUACUGGGUGACUUUUACAGGAACACAUUACAUGGUUGUCAAACCCUCAUGUUAAGUUCAGAUGUAUGUAAAUUGGUUGUAAUUCAAUUCAACUUCAGUCUGUAUUUCUGUGGUGGGUCUUUCCAGAAAAGAAAAGGAUUUCUAAAGAAAAGAAAGAAAUUGAACUCAUUUCUGUUAUGUUGUAAAAUGAGUGAGUGCUGUGCUGACAUGGGUUGUAAUGCAGCUGUCUAAUUGUAUGUGUUGUACUUUAUUUGGAUGUGUACAGAAACACAGAUUAUUCAGUUCCUUUGGUUAAUUUUUGUUGGUAACUUUAGUCUGAUUAGCUGAUGAAAUGUUGACCAUACAUGGUUUUGGCAUCACUGUUUGAACUGACAAAUUUUAUUUU